AUGGCCAACCCAACAAAGGACAGCGACAUCAUGACUGAAGAAGCUGCUUAUGAUAUAGGGAGGGCGGAGCUCAAGGCCAUCAAAGAGUCCUGGUGGUCAGCCAAGAACACCUUAAUCGAGGCGCUCCUCCAGGCUGUCAAUGAUUACAAAACGUGUUCCAACGAAUUGGCUCUUCGAAGAGAUCGGAAAUUGCAGCAGAUAUACUCCGAGUCCCCUUGGGCUGGCGAUAACCUAGCCGAGCAAUUUGUGAUCCCUCAUCCUGACAAUGGGAUAUUUCCAGCAAAGGGCAUUGUAUUUUCAUACAAGCCAGAUAGUGGAAGAAGCCCCGGGGCAGCAAACACAUCACUUCAAUCAAGCCAAGUGAACGAGAAUGACAGCGAUGCCACUGGCCUAGAGAUUGUGGUUGAAUCGAAGGAGCUGGCCAAGCCUGACCGAGCUCCAUCGCCAGCGUCAGGGCUACCCAGUGAAGAACGUGUCGUGCCCACCGACACGUCGGCUGGCCGUCGUUCGCGUCCCGGCCCGGCGAGGUUGUGCCCCCUGAAGACGAGACUACCGCCAAUCAAGACAGCCGAGGUCAGUAAGAGUAGCUACUGGGUCUUCGAGUAUCGCACGCGCCACACCUAUGCGUAUUACAUCAUGCGAUGCCCAUCCGACGAGUGCAGCAGUCCGGUCUUCACCAAGAACCCGCUUCGCAAUAAACGGGCGGAGCAGCACAUUAGGCAGUGUAACUAUCCAUUCAAGGGGGAGAGGGAUCUAGUUCAUCGUUAUGCACGGCCAGUUAUUACCGGCCGAAAGGAUCGCAUAGUAACGCAGGCGUGGGCUUACAAACAUAACAAAACCUUGCUAGCCAGUAACGAGGCAUUCCUUGAGAGAGAGAAUGUUGGUGUAGACUGA